AUGAAGAGAAUGGAGAUUCCCGCUUGGUCUGACGCCCCUCCGGGCCUCCUCCGGCUGCAGGUGGUGCUGCUGAGCGGUCGUUCUGUCGAGGUAGCCGUGGAUGCUGCUGCCAAGGUCUGGCGAUUGGAGCAAGAAGUGAUGGAUGCAACUGGAUUUUGGCCCGUCUUGUCCGCUAGAGGGAGGGUGCUGAACGAGACCGGCAGCUUGAUACAAGAGGGCGUGGACGAUGGGUGUUUCGUGCAGGCUGUUUGCAUGAGGAGCUUCCGUCGCUUGUGCGCCAGCCAGACAGGCCACGGCUUUGUGGCCGUCAUGCCGGACGGUACCUGCCUUCAGUUCGGCCGCGGUAGAUGGCGUUGGGAAGCAAUACCAGAGAAGGUGAAGCAGCAGCCGGUGCAGUGGGUCGAAGUUGCCAGGUUUGGGUUUGCAGUACUCCUGCGGGAUGGCAGUGUGGUGACUUGGUUUACCGCCAACAAUGGUGAGAUGCCCAGGGAGCAUCCAGUCCUUGAUGUGGCACGACUGGUCGCAAAUUCGGAGGCAUUCGCUGCGGUGCACACCGACGGCACCGUCACCACCUGGGGUGGCAGGACAGCUGGAGGGGAUAGCAGUGCGGUGCAACUUCUUGGUGUAACCCAGGUCGAGGCCUCCGAAAGGACCUUCGCCGCCCUGCGACAUGAUGGGAGCGUGGUCGCUUGGGGUGCCCCGAACUCUGGAGGUAGCACUUGGGCAGUGCGACGAUGCCUGGUGGGAGUGAGGCAGCUCAAGGGCUCCCGGUCGGCCUUCGCUGCGCUGCGCUCCGACGGCCAAGUGGUUACCUGGGGAAAUCGACAACAAGGCGGUGACAGCCAUGCGGUCCAAAGACAGCUACGAGGUGUGUCGCGCCUCUUCGCCUGCGACGGCGCCUUUGCGGCAUUGCUUUCGGAUGGCAGUGUCAUCACUUGGGGAGAGGAGGCAUGGGGCGGCAACAGCAGCCAAGUGAGCCAGCAGCUCCAAGGAGUUCGGGAGAUCGUUUCGACGGCCGGGGCUUUCGCUGCCAUCCUUGCGGACGGUAGGGUAGUGACCUGGGGGCAUCCCGGCUACGGGGGUGAGAGUGGACCGGUGCAAGCGCAGCUUGAAGCUGUCAGGUCGGUUGCAGCGACCAGGAAGGCCUUUGCGGCUUUGAGGUCCGACGGUGUGGUCGUCACCUGGGGCGAUGCUCGGUGUGGAGGCUACAGCCAGGAUCUUGCAGAAGAGCUUGUUAGCGUUGAAGACCUCUGGGCCGACUCAGCUGCCUUCUGCGCCAGGCGAUCCGAUACUAGUCUCGUGGCAUGGGGUCUGCUUGAAGAUGGCAUCACCAAUUCUCAGCACUCCCAAGCCUUUAUUUAUCGACUUACCCUGCCGGGCCAGGAGCAGUCGUGA